AGUGCCUCCUGAAAACCCAGCCCUCCCGGGGCGGCCCCGCAGUGCCAGGGACCCGGGGAGCCACCGCCGCCUGUGCGCUCCUCCGAUCUUCUCUCGCCCAGCACCCAGGCUGCCAGUCCGCCAGCCCGUCCCACGGGCCGUCCCACCGUCCCACCGUCCCAUCAUCAGUCAGUGCGCCCGGAGCCAUGACCGCCGAGAAGGCGCUGCCCAUCGGCAAUGGCAAAGCGGCGGAGGAGGCGCGGGACCCCGAGGCCUCCAGUGCCAGCCUGGUGCCCAGCCGCGACAAGAAGGUCCACGAGCGUGGCCACUGGAACAACAAGGUGGAGUUCGUGCUGAGCGUGGCGGGAGAGAUCAUCGGGUUGGGCAACGUGUGGCGCUUCCCUUACCUGUGCUACAAGAAUGGAGGAGGUGCUUUCCUGAUUCCAUAUGUGGUGUUUUUUAUCUGCUGUGGAAUACCUGUAUUUUUCCUGGAGACAGCCCUGGGGCAGUUUACUAGUGAAGGUGGCAUUACAUGCUGGAGGAAAAUUUGUCCCUUGUUUGAAGGCAUUGGCUAUGCAACUCAAGUGAUUGAGGCCCACUUAAAUGUAUACUAUAUCAUCAUUCUAGCCUGGGCUGUUUUCUACCUGUUCAAUUGCUUCACCACAGAGUUACCCUGGGCCACCUGUGGGCAUGAAUGGAAUACAGAUCACUGCGUGGAGUUCCAGAAGCUGAAUAUGAGUAACUGCAGCCAGCUGUCCCUCCAGAAUGCCACCUCACCCGUCAUGGAAUUUUGGGAGCGCAGAGUCCUCGCCAUCUCCGAUGGGAUCGAGCACAUCGGUAACCUCCGCUGGGAGCUGGCUCUGUGCCUCCUCGCCGCCUGGACCAUUUGCUAUUUCUGCAUUUGGAAGGGGACCAAAUCCACAGGGAAGGUCGUGUAUGUCACCGCCACAUUCCCCUACAUCAUGCUUCUAAUUCUUCUCAUUCGAGGGGUAACAUUGCCAGGAGCUUCCGAAGGGAUCAAGUUUUACCUCUACCCUGAUAUCUCUCGGCUCUCUGAUCCUCAGGUCUGGGUAGAUGCUGGAACUCAGAUAUUUUUCUCCUAUGCCAUCUGCCUGGGAUGCUUGACCGCACUGGGAAGUUACAACAAUUAUAAUAACAAUUGCUACAGAGACUGCAUCAUGUUGUGCUGUCUGAACAGUGGCACCAGCUUCGUCGCAGGGUUUGCCAUUUUCUCAGUCCUUGGCUUCAUGGCGUAUGAACAGGGGGUGCCCAUUGCCGAGGUAGCAGAAUCAGGGCCAGGACUAGCCUUUAUUGCCUACCCCAAAGCGGUCACCAUGAUGCCCCUUUCUCCUCUGUGGGCUGCCUUGUUCUUCAUGAUGCUCAUCUUCCUGGGACUGGACAGCCAGUUUGUGUGUGUGGAGAGCCUCGUGACGGCAGUGGUGGACAUGUACCCAAAGACUUUUCGGCGUGGCUAUCGGCGGGAACUGCUCAUCUUGGCUCUGUCCAUCGUCUCUUACUUCCUUGGCCUGGUCAUGUUAACAGAGGGUGGCAUGUAUAUCUUCCAGCUGUUUGACUCCUAUGCAGCCAGUGGGAUGUGUCUCCUCUUUGUCGCUAUCUUUGAGUGUGUCUGCAUUGGUUGGGUUUAUGGAAGCAAUCGCUUUUAUGACAACAUUGAAGACAUGAUUGGCUAUAAGCCACUAUCCCUAAUAAAGUGGUGCUGGAAAGUCGUGACCCCAGGCAUCUGUGCAGGAAUCUUCAUCUUCUUCCUGGUGAAAUACAAGCCCCUCAAGUACAACAAUGUGUACACAUACCCCAACUGGGGCUAUGGGAUCGGCUGGAUGAUGGCGCUGUCUUCUAUGGUCUGCAUUCCACUUUGGAUCGUCCUCAAGAUGUGGCAAAUUGAGGGCACGCUCCUGGAGAAAUUCAGGAAGUUGAUAGUGCCCAGCCCAGACUUGAAGAUGAGAGGGAAGCUUGGCACCGGCCCACGAACGGUUACUCUAAAUGACUGUGAUGCCAAACUCAAAGGCGAUGGAAACAUUUCUGCCAUCACAGAAAAGGAGACACAUUUCUGAGAGACCUCUCUUCGACUGGGAUUUUUUUUUUCUGUAUAAAUGAAGAAAUAAACUACUUCACUUAAAUAUAGGAGUUCGCUUGUUUUGCACAAAAAAAAAUUAACAAGUUAAUUUUAAAGUGAAUACUGUCUACUUGUUUAAAAGUCAUUAUUUUUAAUUAUUAUGUAAGUAACAGUCACAAAGAGAUAAUAUUGUAUGGGACACUAGCAAAAACUUCUUGUAACGUGGUGAUUUUAAUUGUCAUUUUAGGAAUUAGGAAGGUCUGUAAAAUGGACUGUCAACCUUUUAUACUUGGGUUUGGGGGAUGGGGUGACCUUGUGCAGAUUUAAUUAUGCUUCUAAUUCAUUUCCACAGACCAUUGUGGACCAUCUCCUUUCCAAUGUAUGUCUAUAAAGGGGCCUGCUGUUUCCUUCUCUGUACAUUGGAGUGAAGCUUCCACUCAGUUCUUGCCAUCUUCAUUUCAGCCCCAGCCUCCAGAUCAUAGGAUUUAGAACUUGAAGAGAAUUUAGGAAUAAUUGAGUCCAAGCCUCUCAUUUCACAAACAGCUGGAGAGUUUGCAUCUACGUAGCAAAGCCAGACUCUACAGACCCUGAGGUAUAAAAAACCCCUCUAGACUGGACAUGAGGAACCCUGAGAUGGAGUUUCAGCUCCUCCGGUCACUCACUGUGUGAGCUUAGCCACCACAUCCCUCAUCUGUGCAGUGAGGGCACUGGACUAGGUAACCUCUGAGGUCCCUUCCAACCCUUAUGUUCUCCUAUUUUCCAAUUGCAAAGCCACAGAACCAGGCAAGAUGUGGUGGGUGGGAGGCUGUAUUUGAGAGAUGACUACUCUUCAAAUCAGUAUCAAGGUCAUUGUUUUGUGGGAUGUAUUUCUCUUUAGCCUUACAGGCUUCAGGUCAAAUUGGACCAACUGGCUCUUACCUAGGGAGUCCCUCCUCCACAGAUUUUCUUUCUCUGUUUUAAGUUGUCCUUUAAUACUCCAUCAGUAUUUCUCUUCCACUUUGGAUGGAAACAUCUACUGUUUCUCUUUAAUUCUGUAAGCAAGGGAAUAAUGAGAGAAGGUCCAACUCCCUGGAGAGGGUUAAUCAGAAAAAGAAGUAGUUAAUGCGAUAAGCUGUCAUUCUGUUGUUGUUUUUUUCCUGGAAACAUGUGACCUUCAGCCCACAAUCAUAUUUGAAAAGUGAUUGGACUAGAUCGACAAGGUGGAAGGACAUGUUCAAAACUUCUUUAUCAAACUAUUCCAGUCAGAGUGGCAUUACUUUAAUAUUUCAAGAGACCGGUCUCAUACUACCUAGGAGAGAAAAACAAAACUCUGAACAAGCCCUAAAUUCUUGCCAAAUUUCUGCCACUGGUAAGAUCUUGGGCAAGUAAUUUCCUCUCUUUGAACAUCAGUUUUUCCAUCUGCAAAACAAGAGCUUGGGAUUACAUACUUCUUAAGGUCUCUUCUAGCUCUAACAUACUAUUGUUGUCUUGCUUUUUGUUAUAUAUUUUUAUUGGGGCUGGGAACUAGAAUUCAUCCCCAUAUAUGAUAUGUAUGUGGCUCAAGCUACCUGAGAUUAUUUCUAGAUUUGCAGAUACCCAUCCCCCCCCCCAAAUGGAGAGGCAGGCUUAGAGUCAAGAACACCUAGAUUCAAGUUUCACCUCUCAUAUAGACUGGCUUAACCCUAGACAAGUCCCUUAGCCUCUCAGUGCUCUGGGCAACUCUCUAAGGCUUUAAUUGGCACAGCAGGUGAAGAUCUACUUUAGUAGUGGGGGUUUCUUUAUGUAUUAAUGAAAUCAUAGGUUCAAACAAAAAAAAUAAAACAAAAUAAAACAAAACCUUCCCUGUUCCCAAAUCUUAGGGGGUUUACCAAAUGUCCCAUGUCUUAAAAAUAAAUCAAAUGAUAGAAAUGAUGAACUUCAUCUUAUUUUUUAAUAUUAUAAAAUCUAUAGAUAUGCAUUUAUUCUUUCAAAAGAUCAGAGUCAUUGUAUGUUCUACUGGAUCUGUAGAAAUAUCCUUCAGCCUUAAAUGAUUUCAUCCUUUCCAUGAUACUUUUUUUCAGUCUUUCACAUUUCUAAGCAAGUAGGACUGACUCUGUGUCAUAGGGCAAGUCCUGAUACUUAUUAGCUUGGGUGACUCUUCACCUACCUGGGUCUCAGUUUCUUUCUCUAUAAAAAGAGUGAAUUGAGCUUAAUGGUCUCAAAGAGUUCCUUCAAGCACUAAUGACCUAUGAUCUUUCUUUUUGGUUGGUCUCUUGGUUGGGUUUGGGUUUCCAUAUCAUUUUAUUAUUUCUUCCUUCUCACUUGGUUGGGGGAUGAAGAGGGGAUAGUUGGUCAUGUGAAGGAGAGUUUAGAAAUGACAGAUUUUUCUCAUGCAGAUGUUGUAAGAAUGUUCUCCCCCACCCUUACUAUUUCCUUCAUGUUAUUUGAGCCCUUUCUCUCUCCCUCUGCUUUGACUUUUCCUCACCUCUCACUUUCCAAGAUUCUCUUCUUCUAUUAGCCAAUGACAGUACAAGAGCCUUUUGGUCACCUUCCUCAAUAAAGAUCUGUUCCAUCUUUCCACUAUUUCUCUCUUCCAGGAUAAUUCCUGCCUGCUGUCAGUAGUCAAUUGCUGAGUCUUUUAUUUUUAUCCUUAAUGCUUAAUUCUUUCUUAGUUUCUUCCAAGUGGCUCUAUGUCCAAGUUAAAAGUGGAAAAAACAUCCUCCCACAAUUGAGCAUGGUUUAUGAAGGAAGUAUCUAGAGUAAACUAUAGUCAAAUGGAUUCUUUGAUCUUUCUUGGUAGCUUCUAAGCACAUCCUUCUAUUCUAUGCUUGAUUUUUUUUUCAAACUGAUAUUUUUGUUUCUUAAUCAUGAUUUUAAUUUUGAGGAGAAAGACUUUUUAGCCUCUUGCCAUUAGCUCGCUGAUAGCCCAGAGUAAAUCACAUGCCCUCUCCGAAUCACAAUUACUUCAUUUAUAAAAUGAGGGGUUUGGAUGAGAGCAUUUGUAGGGUUCUUUCUUGCUUCCUGUGUUUCCUGGAGAUGUGAGCUUUCCAAAGUCAGAACUUUUGAGUUAUGGUAUUGGGGCUGAAAAGGGGAAACUUUGUUUACAUCAUAAUGUUUGAAGGAAACAGAACAUGAUCUCAUCCUAAAGUUUCCAAAAUCAGCUCAGUUAUCUGCUCUGGCCAGAAACUAUACCAAGUUCAAUUAUUUUGUUUUGCUGGCCCUCAGUUCCCCAUGACCUAGGCUCUCCCUCUUCAGUCCUCAUUCUGAUCUGGCAUCCCAUCUCCAGAGAGGUAGCAAGAUGCCUCCCUCAGGGAUCUUAAGUCUCAACAUAUGCCCUAUGUCUUGGGUUCAUGUCUGUCUUCACUAAGUAAGCAUUCCAACAAAUCCUGGGUUCAGAAGGUCUUCUGACUCUGCUGCUAUAGACUGUUUCAUCCAUCCACAGCUUUAUAUACAUACAUGUGGUACCACUUGGUCUGGAGUUACUAAUAUGCUGGGGGCUCAGUUUGUGUGCAUUUAACACCUGAACUGCUUAACAUUUUAUUCAUGGCACACAGGAGGGAUUUUCCCCCCAAAUUUCCUACUAGUGUUUGUGUACCUUCUUUGGAAACAAACAAAAAGAUACAAAAGAGAAUUAUGUUCUUGUGGUGAUGACUUUUUUGAUAUUCAUAUAGAAGCAAUAGAUCCUUUCAAAGAUAUUUACAGUAUUAUUAAAGAAAGGGUUGUAUUACUGUUUUACACAGCCGAAGUUUUUAUUUGGUAUUCAAAGGGCACGCAAAUUUUUGUCUGCUUACUCAUUUUUAAAAAUUAAAGAAGUGAACAAUGUA